AUGUCCAGAGCGUUAGCUUCAUCUUGUGUCCUUGUGGACGACUCGGUAGAACCUGCUACGGUGAUCUUUUCCAUAGAAACUGGUAAGAUCCUUGCCAUAGUCAAGGAAGUGCUUCCUCCAUCGCAUCCCACUCUUCACAACUUCAAUGUGCUUCCUGAAGAUUAUAGAGACGUUUCGCCUUUGGUGAUUAUGCCUGGCUUGGUUGACGCUCAUGUUCACUUGAACGAGCCGGGAAGAACUGAAUGGGAGGGCUUCGCUACCGGUACGAGAGCCGCUGCUGCCGGUGGUGUUACUACGGUGAUUGAUAUGCCUCUUAACGCUAUUCCACCUACGACGACGGUGGCUAAUUUUAAUCUUAAGAUUAACGCUGCCAAGGGCCAGACAUGGGUGGAUGUGGGUUUCUGGGGCGGUAUGGUGCCUACAAACCUUGACGACUUGGUGCCUUUGAUUCGUAUGGGUGUUAGAGGAUUUAAAGGUUUCUUGAUUGAGUCGGGUGUUGAUGAGUUCCCUGCUAUCACGCCUCAUUAUAUUGUCAAGGCUAUGAAGAGGGUGAAAGGUGAGCCCACAAUGUUGAUGUUCCAUGCUGAAAUGCAGCCUAACAGUAGACCACCAGUGUUGGCACUUGACGAGGGUGAAAGAACACCAAAACUCGUUCCUAAUGAACUUCACGAUUGUUACGUGAGGGCUUCGGAUUCUGUGGAGAUUGAAGAAAAUGGACCUAACGGGUACGAUAUCAAGGUGGCUUAUGACGACUGUGAAAAUGGAGAAGUUGAAGAUCUUGAUUCAGAUGACGACGAGGACGAGUUGGAAAACGAUCCAAAUAACGAUCCCGUUGCUCUUACAGGUGGAGUGGAAGAAUUGAAUCUUGGUCUGUCUGCUUCGUUUGUGCCAAAGCCAGUCGCUAACCUUGUCAACGAACAUAACCCAGAUGACGAGUACAAGUUAUCUGAUAAAGAAAGAAGAAAGUCUGUUGACGAAAGAGACAUUCCACGCGAACAAAGAACUGCUUUGGCCAAGUCGCCAUACCUCCAAGGUUCCGAGCCUCAGUUUGGUCGUUACGCCAGAUUGGCUAACCCUAACCACCAGGAGAACUUGGAAGAAAAGACAGACACGCCAUUUGCCAAGCCUAAUGAAAUCACCGCCGAAGAACUUAAAGAAAACUACGAAGAUCCUCUUGUGUUAGCCCAAAAGGAAGACGAUGCCUUGGCUGACGUUGACCCUGCCCUCUACGCUUCGUUCCUAGCAUCCAGACCAGACAAUUUCGAAACCACUGCCAUUGCAGAGAUCAUCAACUGUUCUUUGAAACACCCAGAAGUGCCUCUCCACAUCGUACACUUGGCCACACACGAAGCCAUUCCCUUAAUGAGAGCUGCCAAGUCUAGGGGUUUACCCAUCACAGCAGAGACUUGCUUCCACUACCUUUCGCUUACAGCCGAAAAGAUCUCGGCCUGCUCCACUCACUUUAAGUGCUGCCCACCUAUCCGCUCGGACGCCAACAGACAGCUUUUAUGGCGUGCCUUGCGUAGCGACAUCAUCACCACCGUUGUUUCUGACCACUCUCCAUGUACACCUGAGCUUAAAGGUUUAGAGAAGGGAGACUUCUUCUCGGCAUGGGGCGGCAUCUCAUCGGUUGGUCUUGGGUUGCCUAUCUUAUUCACCGAAGGUCAAAAGUUGGACCCACCAGUGCUGCUUCAGGAAAUCACCAAGUGGUGUUCCUGGAACACUGCCAAGCAGGUUGGCUUAUCCCACACCAAGGGUAAACUUGCUGUUGGCUACGACGCAGACAUGGUGGUGUUCGAUCCAAAGUCAUCCUACGUUGUGCGUAACGACCAGACCUUCUUCAAAAACAAGUUGACUGCCUACGACGGCAUGGAGUUCCAAGGAAGAGUAGUAGAGACUCUUGUGAGAGGUGUGCCUGUGUUCGGAUUGAAGGAAGGCCACUCUGACUUGCCUAUGGGUAAGCUUCUCCUUGAGCCACGUGUCCAGGAAGUACACGCCUAA